AUGGAGAGCAGCAAGAUGCACACUGCUGCUGCGCUGCGGGGACUCAGCAGCAGCACGAAAAGACAACCCCACAAAAAAGAAACUGCUGUUGCAGCAACAGCAGCACUUUUUUCUUUUUCCCGCAGCAUCCAAGACAGCAGCUGUACGUACACCGCGUUGAAGCCCGCCCACCGCACCCGCAGAAACCCCACAAGCAGCAAAAAGCUCAGGCCUGCGCACACCCACACGCAGCAACGCGCUUCAGCAGCAGCAGCAGCGGCAGCAGCAGCAGCAGCAGCAGCAGCGGGGCGGUGGGAGCAGCAGCAGGGGCAGUGGGAGCAGCAGCAGCAGGGGCAGUGGGAGCAGCAGCAGCAGGGGCAGUGGGACCAGCAGCAGCAGCAGGGGUAG